CUACAAGGUGGAAAGGAAAGCACCCCAUUCGGCCGCGGGUCGAGAGCUAUCGACAGGCUCGGAAUUCCGAGGUCAAGGUGGAAUGGAGAAUGCUUCCCUACUCCUUUGCUCAUCUUCCUUCUUCCUCUUUCACCUCUCAACUCAUAACACUGCUACCUAUCUGUGUCUUCGCAUAGGUAUUUCCCUUGGCACUUGAUAUUAUUCCUUCUCCCCCGUCUCAUCACAUUCGACACUUAUAUAUGCUUCUUUCAUCUAACUAAUCUCGGCCAAUUGCCAGCUUCUUCAAGUUAUGGGGCGUCUCUACCCACAGGGGAAACCCUCCAAUCUCGACGAGCAAUAUUUCAACCCCCAGCACCCUUUUACUGGUCAGAACACUUACUUGCUCUACCAGUCAUGUCAGAAGCGCUUUAUCACGUGGCUUGUUAAAGCCGCAGCCGAACUCGGGGCACCUCUCCAAAUUGCUGACGGAGAGAAAAUCGUCUGCUUUACAUAUUUGUGCCCCCCCCUCAGCGUAAUCGCGGCCCGAGGCAAAGUACCCCCGCGCGCACUCGCAUAUUUCGGCUUCAUAUCCAAGGCCCUCCAGCACUGGCACCAGAAGCCUGAUUGGAUGACUUCAAGGAACGGCUUGAUUGCCCAAGGUUCGGGCCCGCCUCGAGACUCAAUAUUGGCCACUCUAGAAGCAGCCAGAAGAUAUCUAGCAGAAGCGUCUAUUACUCGGGGCGACGACGAAUUAGUUGAGGAAGAUUACUCUUUGCCCAUAUUGUGGGAUGAGGCAUACUUCGCCUGGCGAUUAUUCUUUGACGAUCUGGAUGUAGUCAAGAAAUACUUGGUGAGCCUAUGGAGAGAAGUCAGAGAAAUUCAAUUAACUCUGAUUUCGGCUGCCUUUGUUACCAAUACAGCUAUCCGGCUGAUUCGAGCAAAUUGUGAAGCCCAGAUCAAGGCCACGGCACAUCUCCCUGGUAUGCCGAAUGAGCACGAUAUCACUGAAUGGGUAUUUAAUAAAAGCAGGACGAGAAUGUACAAUAUGGCGGGGUGGUGUUGCCGUGAUGCCCAAAAGAUUUAUGCAACCUGUGGACGAGAUAUUAUCCAAUAUGUUCGGAGAAGUCUUCUGAUAUGGAUUGGUAUGGGAUCGGCAUCCCAAAAUGUCCGCUUGUUUGGAGCGUACCUUCGUGCUUUCUUGCAUGACGCUUCGAUAAAGGAGUAGGAUCCUGACAGCCCUCAUAUGCUGCCUUGUCUGGAUGAGCUUCUGAGUGGCUGGACGCAAUUGGAGGCCAAUAAUAAUAAUAUUACAGACAAAAUCCCCCUCUGGAUUGCAGCAUCCAUGCAAAUCUACGCAGAGAUCACUCUAGGACUUCACUCUUUCGGUAAUAUAUUAUAUCACUUUCUGGGGUAUAAACACCAACUGAAGUUAUUUGGAGACAAUAAUCCUCCGAGAAGUUUAUCCUUGCUCGCCCACCGCGACGAUACUAGAUGCCUUAUUCAAGGAUAUGAGGAGAUGUGGGAGUUGGAGUUUAAAUCACUUAAUACUCCUCUAAGCGAACAAAGAGUUUCUGCCUUUGUCUUCGCACAUAUGGAGUGUGUCCCGCCAUUAUGCGGCAUGCAGGCAUUGUGGCUCGAACAGCAAUACAAAGCAUCCAUGUCCCAGUCUUUCAACUUUUAUCAUUCACUUGUGCCAGUAGCCCAUU